UAAAAGUCUUUCCAGACAAUUCACAUUACACAGUCUGAGUUGACUACACGUCACCGGAAAACAUGUCCGACGCGGUUGUUCACGUGGCUCUCUUCCCUAACGCCGGCAUGGGUCACCUAACUCCAUUUCUGAGACUUGCCGUGUUGCUCGUGAACCGCCAUUGCCGAGUCACUCUAAUCACUCCUCAGCCCACAGUUUCCAUGGCUGAAUCCAGGCUUCUCUCUCGCUUUCACUCUGCUUUUCCUCAGGUCUCUGUUCUUCCCUUUUAUCUCGUCCCUUUUGAUGCUUCCACUGCAAACUCCGACGACCCUUUUUUUCUCCAGUUUGAAGCAAUUCGUCGCUCAUGUCAUCUUCUUCCUUCUCUGCUCGCUUCGGUUUCUCCACCUCUCUCUGCUUUUGUCUGCGAUAUGACCCUGAUAUCCCCUGUUCUUCCAAUCACAGAGAGCCUUCGUCUUCCAAUUUUCAUCCUUUUUACUUCUUCAGCUGCCAUGUUGUGCCUCUUCUCAUCCAUAGCCAGAUUGAUUCCGUCCAUUUCUGAAAUGGAUUUUGUAGAAAUUCCAGGAGUUUCAACCAUACCCAGAUCUUCGAUCCCUCCUCUGCUUCUUCUCCCCAAUAAUGUCUUCGCAAACAUAUUACUAGAAGACAGUCCCAAGCUUCCUAAAUCAUGUGGGAUUUUGGUCAAUUCGUUCGAAGCGCUGGAAUCGAUUCCUCUUGAAUCCCUGAACAGCGGAAAAGUGGUCAAAGAAUUGCCCCCUGUUUUCCCAAUGGGUCCUUUGAUGCCAUGUGAGUUUGAGAAGAAUGAAAGGGAAGAACAGAUGAAUUCUUCGCCAUUGAAGUGGCUAAACGAUCGGUCUCCUGGGUCCGUCGUGUACGUAAGCUUCGGCAGCAGACUGAGCAUGGCAAGAGAACAAGUAAGAGAAAUCGGAAACGGGUUGCUGAAAACCGAGUUCAAAUUUCUGUGGGUAGUGAAGGAUAAGAAGGUAGACAAAGAAGAAGAAGACGACUUACAAGAAGUGGUCGGGACGGAUCUGAUGAGGAGAUUAAAAUCAAAAGGGUUGGUAGUGAAACACUGGGUAGAUCAAUCUGAUAUUCUGAGUCACAACUCAGUGGGAGGGUUCGUGAGCCAUUGUGGAUGGAACUCGGUGGUGGAAGCAGCAUGGCACGGCGUGCCGAUUCUGGGGUGGCCUCAGAUCGGAGACCAGAAGGUUAAUGCAGAGGUGGUGGAGAAGAGUGGGUGGGGCAUGUGGAAGAAGACAUGGGGUUGGUCAGGAGAAAAUCUGGUGGAAGGAGAAGAGAUUGGAGACGCCAUUGAUGAGAUGAUGAAGAACGAAGCUUUGAAAGUUAAAGCAAUGGAAAUCAAAGAGGCGGCGAGGAAGGCCGUUGGCGGCGGCGGCGGCGGCGGGAGUUCUGAGAUUUCUGUUCAGAGACUGAUUGAUGAGUUGAAGAGGAUGAACUGUUCGGGUUAAGGUCAAUGGCUUCUUUAGGUUGAAUUAAUUUCCAUUGGAUGGGAGAAAAUAAG